GCUGGGGAAGUUGGCAACAGGUGGCUUGCUAUUGCAUUCUCCUCUCCCUCUCAUUUCUUGCCCCCUGCCUAUUGCUGCCAUUACCCAUCAAAGCAUCAGGCUGAAUCAGAUGUAGAAAAGGAGAUGAAAAACACAGGGUGAUGCAUCGGUGCCAGCCGAAAUGACCCUUUCUAUCCGCUCGUCCCAGAAAGCUGCGAUAGCAGCUCAGAGGGCUGCACUUCAUGAUUUCAUCCCUCCCCGCGGAGGGGAGGUGGGCAACAUCAUUAUCAGCUGCCUGGGAGUCCUGACUUGGUGCCAGCAGUGGAAAUGUCCUCGGAUGUACUCCUCCUCUGCCCCAAGGGUGACUCAAACCUGCUGGGAAGUGGGGAAGGCGCUGGGAAGAUGGAGGAAGAGCUGGAGGAGGGGGGAGAUGGGAAGAAAGAGGUGCAAACUCAGCCGCUUCCCCUGCGAUGAUGUCAUGGCAACAAGGUAUGUCGACAUGCUGUCAGGCGACUGGGGCAGGCUUUGAAGCUCUCCGGCUCUUCCCCGUUGCUGCAGGCUUGUGUCUGACUCGCUGAAAAAAUCCUUCAGUUAAUAUUUAAUGCCGGCGUUGAAGUGCUAAGGGUGGCAAGCGCCCCAGCUAAUCCCCCUGCCUCCACUUUCUGACGGGAUGCUAAAUCGGGGCCGGGGGUAGGAUUGCAAGAUCCCCUAGCCCAGGGAUGGGACCCUCGGUCAGUAGGGUGGCUUCAGCCCAUAGGGUCUCUAUCCCCUCAGUCCAGUUUGGAGCUGGUUUGGAGCACUGGAAGAAGGGGUAUUCUCACUCUCCCAUCAGUCUCCCAGGGCUGGCUCUGGAAUAAAGAAAUCUGUGGCCCUGCUUUGGGAGCCGAGCCCAGCUCCUUUGAUGCGAGCAGUUAGCACAUGGUUUUUGUUGGUGGGUUUUUUUUUUUUUUCCUAAGCAAUGACCUAACGAUCCCGUGUUCCAGCUACAGCCCCUCCUAGGCGCCUUCUUUCCAAACCAUACGUCCGGACUGGAUCCAGCAAACCUCCCGGAGCAAGACGCCGUGUUCCCUUCCCUGGGGAAGCCAUCUGCUCCCCUCCGCCCGACUCCUUCUGCAGGGCUUCGAGCUCGCCAGCCGGCUUGGAAAGCUCUCCUCCUCCUCCUCCUCCUCCUCCUCCCCUUCGCCCCGGCUCCCAUCGGCCAUCUUGUUAGCGCAAGACACCGGGAAGGGAACGCAGGGCUGGCUGAAUCUGGGGCGGCUGAUGGUGUCAGCCGGAGGCGGUUUCCAGGCAACUGUCGCGCCGUGGGACACGACGAGCCGGGAACACCGGGAACACCGUGUUCUCGCCGCACCGACUGGGAGGGGGCCGAGCCCGACACGGACGGAGCCGGCAUGGGACGGUGCGGAGAGGGCAGCGCGAGCAAGAGGGUAGCGCAGGGACGGCAGCAGAAGAGGGAGGGGGUCUCCAGCAUACCCCCUCCUGCUCGCUGCUCAUCGUACCCUCCCUGGCUUGGAGCGAGGAUGUCCAAGCUGGCUGCUGGUACAUCAUGCAGCGAGGAAGGACUGUGUGAUGUAUGGGAUUUCACGUGCCCUCUUCAUCCUUUGGGAAAUCGAAAAGAGGAAAAACAUCGCUCCGGACUCUGUACCCAAGCCCCCAGGCUUGUUGCGGGUGAUCCCGUGCUUCUCCGUCCCUUAAUAAAUCCAAAGCUCCCUCCCUACGAGUCACCAACACAGUUCUGUGUCCCUGGCUGUCACUGGAAAAGGGAAUUUCUUGUAAAAAUGGGCUGCCCUUCCCUUCCGCAAGCUGCCAGUCCUCCCCAGCGCUCGAUGGGUCCCACUGCCCCUCUCUCCUGAUGCUAGAGGCAGCAUCCCCGCUCCUGCCUGCCUGCCUCCCCUGCCUGCUUCAGAAGCCCUGGGAGCAUCCCUGCCCGUGAACCUCACCUGCCUGGCAGCCCUUCCUUAACACUGCCAGCCCAGCUUUUCCCCUCCCAGCGAUGCUGAUACCCGCAUCCCCUGCAUUUUACCUAAUUUGAGUGUUUUUUGAAAGGGGGUUUAGUACAAGUGAUUUUGAAUAGGUGGGGGAGGGUGAUAAAACUGCUGUGGCUGAGCAGCAGGAGAAAAACUCUUCUGGAUUACGAGUGUGUGGAUAUGAUGGACACGGGGAAUGGGCAGGGUGGGUGCUGCAGAGGGGCAGAACUGCUUUAAUGCCCUGUAUACCAAGAAAUGUUCUGCAGCCCCGUGCGGGUGACAGCACGGAGGGACAGGAUGGUGUGGGGGGUUAUCUGCAGCCAUCGCUGUCCCCGAGCCAGCCUUGCGGCUAUUGAUUUGGAACUUGCCCUGUUCACGCUAACCUUGGCGGUACCAACUCGCCCUUUAUCAGUGCUGAUAAACCCCACCGCAACCUCCCGCUGCCGGCCUGGUGGCAUCACCCCGCGAGGUGCCGCGGUGACAGAUCUUUCCUACGACUCUGCCCUCGCACCGGUUGCUCUUUUUCUGCGAUGCUCUAAAUCCGGGACGCCUCGCUCCUAUUUUUGCACAGAGACUGUGGCCGCACGGACUCUCUUUUAGCCCCGGGUGGGUGCCCACCCCUUGCUGAGCAUCUCGGGUGAGGAAGGAUGCGGCACCGGCUGCAAUCGCUUUUCCAAAGGAAAUUUAAAGUCAGCCUCCUCUUCCUCCUGCUCUUGGCCCUCCUGGUACACCUGGCGAUGGAUUUGGCUCUCCCCGCAGCCCGCGGGCCCUGCAGCUGCGAUGCAAAAGCACCGAAAGCCUCGGGCGUCCCUUCAGGCAACCCUGUGCUGACUGGCCCCAAAAAGCUGAGCCUGCGAAUCCUUCAGGAUUUCAGCGGCAGCAAUGGCUCCUUGGAGAAAGGCUCCCAGCUGCAAGGAGCGAGGCCGCAAGCAAGGGAUGGAAAGCUGGGGGUCCGGCACGAGCGCGGAGAGGGAAAUGCGGGGCGGACCGAGGGAUCAAAGCUGGCAGCGCUCUUCGAGCAUCCUCUUUACAACAUCCCCAUGCCGGAGGUGACAGAGAAAGACAAGCUGUUUGUCGUCAACCCCAUGGAGAAAUUCAGCCUGCGCAGCAGCGGGAGUGACGAAUGGGUCAGCAGCAGUAAAGCCGAGACGGUCCUCCCGACAGGGAAGACGGCCUACGAUACCUACCCUACCUGGCUCAAAUUCCACGUCGGCAUCAACCGCUACGAGCUGUACCCCCGCUGGGACCCCCUGAUGCCCACCCUCCUCCGGGACUUGGCCACGCAGAGGAUCGUCAGCUCAGUCCAGAAGUCCGGCGGGACCCAGCUCAAGCUCAUCAUGACGUUCCCGAAUUACGGGCAGGCCCUCUUCAAGCCCAUGAAGCAGACCCGGGACCAGGAGACCCCCAUCGACUUCUUCUACUUCUCGGACUUUGAGCGGCACAACGCGGAGAUUGCAGCCUUCCACCUGGACAGGAUCCUGGAUUUCCGGCGAAUCCCCCCAGUUUCUGGCCGUUUGGUCAAUAUAACGAAGGAGAUUCGUGACAUCACCACCGACAAGAAACUGGCCAAGACUUUCUUCAUCUCCCCAGCGGGCAACGUCUGCUUCUACGGGGAGUGCUCCUACUACUGCUCCACCGAGCACGCCCUCUGCGGCAAGCCGGACCGGCUGGAGGGCUCCGUGGCCGCCCUGCUGCCCGACAAGACUUUGGCCAAGCGCCGUUCCUGGCGCAGCCCUUGGCGUCGCUCCUACCACAAGAGCAAGAAGGCUGAGUGGGAGCUGAACCCCAACUACUGCGCUCAGGUGCGAGAAACGCCGCCCUACGACAGGGGCCAUCGCCUCCUCGACCUCAUCGACAUGACGGUCCUCGAUUUCCUCAUGGGCAACAUGGACCGGCACCACUACGAGACCUUCGAGAAAUUUGGGAACGACACUUUCCUGCUCCACCUGGACAACGGCCGUGGCUUUGGCACGCACUCGCGCGACGAACCGUCCAUCCUGGCCCCGCUCCGGCAAUGCUGCAGCAUCAAGAAGUCGACCUACCUGCGGCUACAGCUGCUGGCCACCCAACCCUACCGCCUGAGCGACCUGCUGCGGGAGGCACUGGCCACCGACCCCCUGGCACCCAUCCUGACCGAGCCCCACCUGCGGGCGCUGGACCGUCGCCUGGGGAAGGUGCUGGCGACGGUGGGACGCUGCCUGGCUGGGGCGGCUCGCCGGGAUGAGGUGGUGGUGGAUGAUGUGGGGUCACAGGUGUGAUAUGGGGGGGGGGGGCUCGGUACCCCGCUGGGCUGGGGUGUUUUGGCGCGCUGCCGAGGGCGAUACGGGGACCGGCGUGCAGUUCGGACUCUGCAUAGCGUCGGCUUUCGGCGGCGCGAUGGACUGGGAAAGCGGGAUGUAAGGAUAGCCGGGACUGGGGAGGGUAUUUAAAUAAAAUGUUGGCCUAGUGGAGAACACACAAGCUGACAUCUCCCCCACCAGCGCGGUUUUCCCAGCCCUGGCCUGUCCUUGCGUGCCUGGACGCGUCGCUUCAGCCCUCCAAAGCCUUUUAGGAAAGGGUAGGGAUUUUUCCUGCCUUUCCCUGGCAAGGCCUGCCAAACUCAAGCGGUUGGCAAGCUCCUUGUGUCCCCCU